AGGUCUGGUGGCAUUGUGGGACCGCUUCGGGGCCGCCGGAUGCCCGCUUGCUUCGUGUGUCCUGGGCAGGUGCGGGGCAGGUGACAGCUCCGUAAUCUACCACAAUGGAUGGAGAUGGACUUUUUGACGAAAAAAUCCAAACCUUCGACACCAGCCAGGGUGAUUUGGCUGUCCGGGAUUUCGACAAAACCCGCCCUGUUUCCUUUGGGGAAUCCGAAUGAGGAAGAUCACAGACACCUUCACUGGGAAGCCAAGGACAUUUCUGUAUAAUCAGUGGAUGAAAGGAUUUUCUCAGACUUCUCCCCUACCCCCUUCUUUCCUCGAGGAUUAAUCCACCACCACCUACAGAUCCCGUAGAAACUGCAAGACACACGAUGUGGCAGAAGCGUAGAGCACCUUCGGAAUUGCUCUGGACCCUUGCUUCAGCAUAGGACUUUUCACAUAUGUGCCACUCCUCCCUUCCCCCCAGCUUCCUUCUGAUUGCUCCUCUUUAACCGGUUCUCAUUUUCUGCGUUAAGUUCUGUUUCCAAACUGUUCUCUGGAGCUAUCGAAGUGGAGUGCCAGGAAUGAGAGAUUAGGUGCCUAGAGAAGAGGAAGUGCCCUGUGUUGUGUCCUCCCACUGCUGCUGCCGACAUGAAGUGCUUUUUCCCAGUGCUGAGCUUUCUGGCUGUGCUGGGUGUGGUGUCAGCACAGCGGCAGGUCACUGUCCAGGAAGGACCCUUAUACCGCACAGAGGGCUCGCACAUCACCAUCUGGUGCAACGUCAGCGGCUAUCAAGGAUCCUCAGAGCAGCAUUUCCAGUGGUCCAUUUAUCUGCCCUCUGCCCCUGAGCGCGAGGUACAGAUUGUCAGUACCACGGACUCUUCCUUCCCAUACGCUAUCUACACCCAGCGUGUCCGUAGUGGGAAGAUCUACGUGGAGAGGAUCCAGGGGAACUCUUCCUUACUGCACAUCACAGAUCUCCAAGCCCGGGAUGCGGGGGAGUAUGAGUGCCACACGCCCAACACCGAAGAGCGGUACUUUGGGAGUUACAGUGCAAAGAUGAACCUAGUGGUGAUCCCAGACUCCCUGCAGAUGACUGCAGUGCCCCAGACUCUGCACAAGGUGGAGCAGGACCCGCUGGAGCUCAGUUGCGAGGUGGUCACGGAAACAUUCCAGCACAGCCACCUGUCCGUGGCCUGGCUCCGGCAGAAGGGUGGCGAGAAGCCUGUGGAAGUCAUUUCCCUGAGCCGGGACUUUGUGCUGCAGUCCAGCAGUGAAUAUGCCCAGAGGCAGAGUCUGGGGGAAGUGCGGCUGGACAAGCUGGGGAGGACCACCUUCCGCCUCACCAUUUUCCACCUGCAGCCUUCUGACCAGGGCGAGUUCUACUGUGAGGCCGCUGAGUGGAUCCAGGAUCCUGAUGGGUCAUGGUAUGCCAUGACCCAGAAGCGCUCUGAGGGUGCCGUGGUCAACGUCCAGCCCACUGACAAAGAGUUCACGGUCCGGCUGGAAACAGACAAGCGGCUGCACACGGUGGGCGAGCCAGUGGAGUUCAGAUGCAUCUUGGAGGCGCAGAACAUUCCUGACCGUUACUUUGCUGUCUCCUGGGCCUUCAACAGCUCCCUCAUUGCCAGCAUGGGGCCUAACGCUGUGCCAAUUCUCAACAACGAAUUUGCCCACCGGGAAGCCAGGGGACAACUUAAAGUGUCCAAAGAGAGCGACAGUGUCUUUGUGCUGAAAAUCUACCACCUCCGCCAGGAAGAUAGUGGGAAGUACAACUGUCGUGUGACUGAAAGAGAGAAAACUGUCACUGGGGAGUUCAUCGACAAGGAAAGCAAGCGUCCUAAGAACAUCCCCAUCAUUGUCCUCCCCCUCACAGAUAACUGGGUAGUUAAAGUCCCCCAGCACCACCAGAUCCUGUCCCAAGGCCACUUGGAGAGCAGCAUCUCCGUGGAAGUAGCCAGCAAUGCCAGCGUCAUCCUCGAGGGUGAGGACCUGCGCUUCUCCUGCAGUGUCCGCACAGCAGGCAGGCUGCAGGGCCGCUUCUCUGUCAUCUGGCAGCUUGUGGACAGGCAGAACCGCCGCAGCAAUAUCAUGUGGCUAGACCGCGAUGGCACUGUGCAGCCGGGCUCAUCUUACUGGGAGCGCAGCAGCUUUGGAGGCAUCCAGAUGGAGCAGGUGCAGCCCAACUCCUUCAGCCUGGGCAUCUUCAACAGCAGGAAGGAGGACGAGGGCCAGUAUGAAUGUCAUGUGACCGAAUGGGUGCGGGCAGUGGAUGGUGAGUGGCAGAUCGUGGGGGAACGCCGAGCCAGCACUUUCGUCUCCAUCACAGCUCUUGAAACGGGCUUUGCGGUCACAGCCAUCUCCCGGACACCAGGGGUGACCUACAGCGACUCCUUUGACUUGCAGUGCAUCAUCAAGCCCCACUACCCGGCCCGGGUCCCUGUGUCAGUGACGUGGCGCUUCCAGCCAGUGAGCACUGUCGAGUUCCAUGAUCUGGUGACCUUCACACGGGAUGGAGGGGUCCAGUGGGGGGACAGGUCCUCCUCCUUCCGAACCCGGACUGCUAUCGAGAAGGCCGAGUCCAGCAACAAUGUCCGCCUGAGCAUUAGCCGGGCCAGCGACACAGAGGCAGGCAAGUACCAGUGUGUGGCAGAGCUGUGGCGGAGGAACUACAACAACACCUGGACACGGCUGGCAGAGAGGACCUCGAACCUGCUGGAGAUUCGAGUGCUGCAGCCAGUGACCAAACUGCAGGUGAGCAAAUCAAAGAGAACCCUCACGCUGGUAGAAAACAGGCCCAUUCAGCUGAACUGCUCUGUCAAGUCUCAGACCAGCCAGAACUCGCACUUUGCCGUGCUGUGGUACGUGCACAAGCCCUCCGAUGCCGAUGGCAAGCUCAUCCUCAAAACCACACACAGCUCCACCUUUGAGUACGGCACCUACGCUGAGGAGGAGGGCCUGCGGCCCCGGCUGCAGUUUGAGCGGCAUGUGGCUGGGGGCCUGUUCAGCCUCACAGUCCAGAGAGCCGAGGUCAGUGACAGUGGCAGCUACUACUGCCAUGUGGAAGAGUGGCUGCUGAGCCCCAACUACGCCUGGUAUAAGUUGGCAGAGGAGGUCUCGGGCCGCACGGAAGUCACUGUGAAGCAACCAGACAGCCGCCUGAAGCUCAGCCAAGCCCAGGGGAACCUGUCAGUUCUGGAGACCCAGCAGGUACAGCUGGAGUGUGUGGUCCUGAACCGCACCAGCACGGCCUCGCAGCUGCUGGUGGAAUGGUUCGUGUGGAAGCCCAACCACCCGGAGCGCGAGACAGUGGCCCACCUGAGCCGCGAGGCCACCUUCCACUAUGGAGAGCAGGCAGCCAAGAACCACCUGCAGGGGCGGCUGCACCUGGAGAGCCCCUCGCCCGGCGUGUACCGGCUCUUCAUCCAGAACGUGGCUGUGCAGGACAGUGGCACCUACAGCUGCCGCGUGGAGGAGUGGCUGCCCAGCCCCAGCGGUGUGUGGUAUAAACGGGCGGAGGACACCGCUGGACAGACCACAGUGACAGUCAUGCGGCCAGAUGCUGCCCUCCAGGUGGACACUGUAGUCCCCAAUGCCACCGUGUCUGAGAAGGCAGCCUUUCAGCUGGAUUGCAGCAUUGUCUCCCGCUCAAGCCAGGACUCCCGCUUUGCGGUGGCCUGGUAUUCCCUAAGGACUAAGGCUGCAGGGAAAAGGGGCAGCCUCAGCCUGGAAGAGCAAGAGGAAGAAAAGGAGGAGGAAGAGGAAGAGGCGGAUGGGGAAGAGGACCCAACAGAGCGGACAGUCCUGCUAAGCGUGGGCCCAGAUGCUGUCUUUGGCCCAGAGGGCAGUCCCUGGGAAGGCAGGCUCCGCUUCCAGAGGCUCUCGCCUCUGCUGUACCGGCUCACGGUGCUGCAGGCAAGUCCCCACGACACGGGCAACUACUCCUGCCAUGUGGAGGAGUGGCUGCCAAGCCCUCAGAAGGAGUGGUACCGGCUGACAGAGGAAGAGUCUGCCCCCAUUGGCAUCCAUGUCCUGGACACAAGUUCCACCCUCCAGUCACUCAUCUGCUCCAACGACGCGCUCUUCUACUUCGUCUUCUUCUACCCUUUCCCCAUCUUCGGCAUCCUCAUCAUCACCAUCCUGCUGGUGCGCUUCAAAAGCCGGAACUCCAGCAAGAACUCCGAUGGGAAGAACGGGGUGCCCCUGCUGUGGAUCAAAGAACCGCACCUCAACUACUCCCCCACCUGCUUGGAGCCCCCAGUGCUCAGCAUCCACCCAGGAGCCAUAGACUAAGGGGGUGUCCCAGCAGACGUUGGCCAUGGAGGAGCUGAGGCUCUCCCUCGCUGCCUCUUGCUCUGUGAUUGGACAGUCGACAGCAUCCAAAGGUUCAGAUGUCCAUGCAGAAAACUGUCAGAUUUGGAGAGUGCUCACCGCUCCCGGUCGUCAUCACAGAGUCGGGCUGCCUCCAGGUGGCAGCCUUGGUUGGUUAGCUCUUCGUGCCCAAAUGUCAUGAUCCUGCCGUUGUAGGUUUCUAGUUUUUGGUUUUGGUAAUGUAGUGAGUAGUUCCAGGUGCCACAUCUACUCACCAGUUUAUCUAGUGUUCUCAGAUAGAUGUUAUGAGGGUUUAUACUCUUUGUAACGUACCCUUUCCAAAUCCCUGUGGUUUACCCCUGUAGGAUUCCAUCCUGUUGUGGACGAAUUUCACCUACAUACAAGUGAUGGCAAGAGGAAGGAUGACUUCAUAGUAACAAAGCAUCUCUUCCAAGACUUUGUAUUUGCACAUUUGAAAAUGCCACCCGUGGAUCAAAAUGCACCCAAACAUUUUUUACUUUCUUAACAAGACUUGAAAAAUGUGUGUAGCGUAGGCCCAAUUUGUAUCUUAUCUUUUCCCUCAGCUGGAGUUGUUGGAACACUUUGUAGUCAAGAUGAAAGCAUUGAAUUUUGCUUCAAAGAACUGCAUAUGUGCAAGAGAAAUCCUGCAUAACCUCAUUAAGAUAGAUGGUGCCCGGCCAGCCUGUCUGUCAGGGAGGGGGAAAAGGCUUCAUCCAAUCUUUGCCAAAAAAAUAAGAAGACUGUCUUAGACAAUGGGUCAGACGCUCCAGACAGCACACACUUCCCGAGCUAAAGUGGGCGAUGGCUGCUUUUAGCAGCUACUGACUCUCUGAUUGAUCACAGUCAGUGAUUAGAGAAGGAAGUGCAAGGAGGCUGGCCCUGGCUUGGUCUGCUCCGCAAGUGCAGUCUCCAGCUGAUGACUGUGAGCAGGUGGCUUUUGGCGGGAGUGCUUUGUCACACUCUGAGAGGAAGUGUCCGGUGAGGCUGGGCUGAGCAUGGAGUGGAAGCGGGUGCUGUAGAUAGAUACCCAGUGCAGGGCGCUGGGUCGCACACCGCCAGCAGGACGGAGAGGGGUGGGCAGGGCUUUCCAACACCUGAUGUUGGAGGGUCCGGAGGAAUACCUGCCUUCUUGGAGGCGUGAAGAUGCUUUUCUUGUUCCUCCCAGUGAGAUUUUCCGCAGAUAUAUUGACGUCUUCCUUGUUCACCAUUUACCUCUCCUGGCAUCUUGCUGCCGUAAGAGUAUCUGCCGGGGAGGUCCAGAUGUAACUUGUGGGCCUGUCCCUUCACCUGGUCUCAGUAGAUAGUGCGCACACUGUUGUCUGUGGGCUUUCCCCUUCCCUCUCUUGGGUCAUGUUAUGGUUUUAGGCUAUUUGAUUAUUAUUCUGGUUUUUAAUUUUAAUGUCCAAGGGCCAGAGUGGCCACACUAUCAGUCAGAUACUUAGCUCUCCUGGUGCAUCGUUGGUUGCAAGUACUUCCUUCUGGUCACUCUGUGAAGAUGUUUUAUGGCCUCGCUUCUUUAUAUUUUUCUGGCCAGUAUUCUCUCUCCUGUCCCCAUAGAACCCACACCUUGAAUCCCAAGAGGGAUUUGGAAAGAGCUACCAGGGAUUCUGGAACCAGGGCUAACAAGAGACAUUGCUGUGAAGCUGGGUCCCAGGAUGAACAGGCUCCAAAGGAGGCUGUGGGAUCCCCUGUGACACAUGGGGUGGGUGUGUAUCAGGUGUCGACAGGUGUGCAGGCUGCACGCCGCUCAGUGGGUGCUACGCUGAGCCACAGCUCAGGGGAGGCCAGGUGACUCCUCAGCCGCUUCUGACAGGCUUACCCAGACAGGCUCCCUGCCGACGCUCCUGGACGCUGUGCAGGCGCUGCCACCUUAAUCCUUCCGGUGCCUGCCUCGCAGAUUUUCAUUUCCUAUGCUGCAUCGACAUGUUAGAGGUCCUGAGUUGGCCCAGUCACGAAGAAAGAAUGUCUUUUGCCCCAUUUCUUCAUUUCAGGAGGUGUGUUUUCAAUGGGAAUUUGCCGACUCCUGAUUUUUAGGCUGAGUCAACAAGAGAAGAUGACUGACUUGUGCUCUGUCUGAAUGGAAGGAUGCCAGAGGGCUGGCUGGGACUAAGAUUUCAGUUUGAAUUGGUUCGUAGCAGUAGAAAAGUAGGUGCUGCACGUAAUUAAAUAUGUGAAGCAGUUGCAGGAGAUUUGAAAAGAAAAAAGAAACUGAAGCCAGUAUUUUAAUAAUUGCUUUUUCUGUGUAUUUUCUGUCCGGCUGGGGGACACUAUCAAAGGCUGAGCUUUUUGAGCUUUGUAUGAAAAACCCCAGGACCCUCUUUCUUUGGCCAUUUCUAUGGAAAUGUGGAUGAAUAGUAAUGGUGCCCUCCAGUGGCUGUGAGACCUCAUUGCAUAUGGUCUACUGGAGCUUUAGUCUUUGAAUUCAAGAGAGGAAAAGUGCCGGAUACUCUUGACUUACUGUCUACAAUAUUGCGUUUAUGAAAAUCUACACUGUGCUAGGCACAUCCUAGGACAUGGCUAUGACCACAUCCUCUUUGACCAGGGUGUUCCUGUAGCAAGUUUUCAUAUUCUUCUCAAACAAUGGUUUCUCUGCGUUAAUUGUUGAAAAAAGGAAGAUCGGGUGAGAAAACCACCCAUGCAUGGUGUAGAGAGCUGUUGUUGUUUUUGUUUUUUAAAGGAAAAACUAUUUGUAAGAUGUUGCACUAAAACGUUUUAUAUACACUUCAGAGACCUGUAGUAAAUUAUGUUGACAAUA